AUGGGAUGUGCAAUAAACAAGGGAUAGGACAUAAAGCAAUUUAAUAUAAAAUUACCAGAUUCACGUACUUUAGUAAAAUAUUUAAGAUAAUCUUACUUCAAAUUAAACAGAAGCUGAUCUGCCAAAUUCUGAAGAGCAAUUCCUAUAAAUUGGGAUGAAUAGGUAUGGUCUAGGCGAUUUUCUUCCUAAAGUCUAGGAAGUAUAUAAUAAACUUGGAGAAUUAUAAUAAAAUAUUUAAGGCCAGUAUUUGCUUUUGCCGGACCAAAGUAUAUAUUUUGGAUCUGUGGUUAAUGGUAAAAGAGAAGGUGUUGGAAAAUAGCAUUGGCCAAAAGAAGGGAACUUAUUAGAAGGGUAUUGUAUUUAAAUCAUUCUUAAGAACUUGGAUUGACAAUUAAUUAAAUGGAAGGGCUCGAAUGAUAUAUCCAAAUGGAGAUUAGUAAAAAUAAAAUCAAAUAAUAGUUUUAUUGGUAAUUUUCGAAAUAAUAUUGCAAGUGGAAUGGGAUUAUUUGUGACUUCAAAAAAAUAAGUGUAGGGAUUUUGGCUUAAUAAUAAAUUAACUGGAGAAGGUACUGAAAUUAGAAAAAAUGGAACAAUAUAUAAAGGGCAAUUUAAUGAAGGUAAAAUAUAAGGUUAAGGACAAUUUGAAUAUGCAAAUAAGUGCAUAUAUAAAGGUAGCGUAGUUAAAGGAAAGAUGCAUGGAAAAGGUGAGUUAAUAUUUAAUGAUAAUACAAGAUACAUAGGGGAAUUUAAGGCUAAUUCCAUUUAAGGUAGAGGUAACUAUCAGGCUAGUAUUUAAGUGUCAGGCUGGGUAAUUAAUUUUGUUAUUAUUAUAGUUUCAUUCUAAAUUUGAUAAUAAAACCCUAUUUAUCUAUUUUUUUCGAUCCGAAACACGAAUACUUGAUGAAAGUUAACAUUGUACUCUAAUCGAAAAGAAACUAGAACAAUUUUUUGAUUGA